AUGGCGUGGCAACCACUGGAGAAGGGCGAGAACAACUACGACGUGGUCAUCGUAGGAGCCGGUAUCUCAGGCAUCAACUUUGCCUACCGCAUCCAGGAACGAUGCCCCAACCUGUCCUACACCAUCCUCGAGGGUCGCCACGAGAUGGGCGGAACGUGGAGCUUGUUCAAGUACCCCGGCAUCCGCUCGGAUUCGGAUCUCUUCACAUUCGGCUUCCCGUGGCGACCCUGGAAGGAGAACACGGCCAUCGCGCAGGGUGAUCUGAUCAAGCAGUAUGUCAAGGACUCCGCCGCCGCGUACGGCAUCGACAAGCGGAUCCAAUACCAGACCCUGGUCAGCGGCGCGCAGUACGAUUCCGCAAACAAGACCUGGACGCUCGCGGCGACCACCAAGGGCACCGAGAAGAGGACCAUCAAGUGCCGAUUCAUGCUCAUUUGCACGGGCUACUACGACUAUGAGACCCCCCUGCAGACCGAGAUCCCUGGCAUCAACGACUUCAAGGGCGAGGUCAUUCACCCACAGUUCUGGCCGGAGAAGCUCGACUACACCAACAAGGAAGUCGUCAUCAUUGGCUCCGGCGCGACCGCCAUCACUGUCCUUCCCGUCAUGUCCGAGACCGCCAAGCGAGUGACGAUGCUGCAACGAUCGCCCAGCUACGUGAUGGCCAUUCCCCAAGAAGACGCCCUCGAGAAGUUCAUCCGGCGGUGGUUCAACUGGUUCCCAGCCUUCCAGCACGCCGCGAUCCGAAUCAAGUGGAUCCUCGCCCCCCUCCUCUUGACCACCCUCUCCGCCAAGUUCCCCGAACGAGUCAAGGCGACGAUGCACAAGCUCACCCAGCAGCAACUUCCCUCCUCGAUUCCCCGCGACCCCCACUUCACGCCCAGAUACUACCCGUGGGAGCAGCGAAUGUGCAUGUGCCCCGACGGCGACUUCUUCAAGAGCUUGCGUUCAGGAAAGGCGAACAUCGCCACGGGCACCAUCCAGAACAUCUCGGGCAAGACCAUCAAGCUGAACGACGGCCAAGAGAUCAACACGGACAUCAUCGUCACCGCGACCGGCCUCAAGCUGCGCUUCGCCGGCGGCAUGGACCUCAAGGUGGACGGCAAGCCGUACAACGUCUCGGAGCACUUCGUGUGGAAGGGCCAGAUGUUGCAGGACCUGCCCAACGCGGCCUUCGUCGUCGGCUACGUCGAUGCGUCGUGGACGCUCGGCGCCGACGCCACCGCCCAGCUCAUCACGCGCAUGUUCAACCAGAUGAAGAAGGAGGAUGUCGUCGAGGUGAUCCCGCAGUUGAGCGCCCAGGAGAAGAAGACGAUGAAGGAGUCCAGCCUCCUGAGGCUCAACAGCACGUACGUCACCAAGGGCAAGAAGACCCUCCCCAUGGCCGGUGACCAGGGCCAGUGGGUGCCGCGUUCCAACUACAUUCGGGAUAUCUUCAUGGCGUGGUAUGGAGACAUCAAGUCCGGCACCGUGUGGGUUCGUGGGGUUUAA